AUGCUCCACAUAAGAGUCGCGAGAAGCUCCUCGCGGACUCUGAGGAUAGCAUUGUCACAUACAUCUUCGAGAUUGACUCCCCGAUGCGCGUUUCGGCAGUGUUCCUCGACAACCGCUCCCCUGCCCAAGCCGCCGGCUGAUCACCGAGACCUUGGUGUCAAGCAAGAGCUCUUCACGACCUCCAUAUACAGCCCCGGUUCUCCCAUCUUCCUACCGAAUGGCGCACGAAUCUUCAAUCGACUCGUCGAAUUCCUGCGCAAGCAAUACGUCCACUAUGGCUUCCAGGAGGUCAUCACGCCCACAAUCUACAAGAAGUCGCUGUGGGCCAAGUCAGGCCACCUGGAGAACUAUGCCGAGGACAUGUUCACCGUGACGAGCCUUUCGCCGUCGCGCAGCGAAGGUACAGAGAACGCCGAAGAAGACGAAUACGGACUCAAGCCUAUGAAUUGUCCGGGUCACUGCCUAAUCUUCGGCUCCCAGCGGCACAGCUAUCGCGACCUCCCGAUCCGGUACGCCGACUUUAGCCCGCUACAUCGGAACGAGAUCUCAGGUGCGCUGAGUGGCUUGACGAGAGUCCGUCGCUUUCAUCAAGAUGACGGUCAUAUCUUCUGCCGGCCGUCACAAAUCGAGGAAGAGAUUCGUAGGACACUGGACUUCGUCAAGCGGACGUACGAAGUGUUCCGCCUCGGGCCAUACAGGCUUGUGCUGUCUACGCGGCCGCUGGAACAUUACAUUGGCUCACUAGAGGAAUGGCAGCAGGCAGAGGAUGCUUUGAAGCGAGCACUGGACCAUGGUGGUCAGACGUGGACCUUGAAUGAGGGGGAUGGCGCCUUCUACGGGCCCAAAAUCGAUAUCAUCUUAAAGGAUUCAGAUGGCAGAGAGCAUCAGACAGCGACCAUUCAACUGGAUUUUCAGUUACCAAAACGAUUCGAGCUGGAAUACGAGGCGCCGGCUCCAGAGCUGGAAGUCAAGGGUCAAACCACCACAAACCCGGAACUUCUGGCUGAUUAUGGCCGGGUGCGGCCAGUGCUAAUUCACAGAGCGGUGCUUGGAUCAGUGGAGAGGCUGAUGGCCUUAUUAAUAGAGCAUUACGAUGGGAAGUGGCCAUUCUGGUUGAACCCUCGACAGGUCAUCAUCCUGACCGUCAACGAUAGCGAGCCAGUCGUGAACAUGGCUCGUCACACUAGAAAUACCCUGCUUGGUACGGCGCCGAUGAGCGAGCCGUCUGCAGAAGCCUUCGCGGCUCCAGGCGAUAUCAGCCACCCGUCACAAUUAGCAGUAGAUCUGGAUGACAGUGCCCGAUCAGUAUCUCUCAAGGUACGCGAGGCGAAGUCAAAAGGCUAUGGAGUGAUCGUGGUGGUAGGUCCCAAGAACGUGACUAACGGCACUGUCACUGUUGAUACCAAUGGUAUACCCGAAGGGAAGGAUGCUCCUUCGGAGAAGCCAGUAGAAAUGAAGCCUGACGGGCUUCUUCAAUUGCUCAAGAGCAAGGUAGAUGCAUACCAAUAA